AGGCUUACUCCAUACUUUGAACGCAGAGAGCCCCAGGGUUUAAUUACUUAUUAUCCGUUCGUAAACCGGUCAGUCGAGUCAGUUGCGUUUGCAUCUUGAGCGCUUGGUGCAGAAGACGUGUAUUGUUGGCCAGCUUUCAGCCGCGCAGUGUUAAAUCGACGAUUAUUCAUCGGUGAAAGCAGAUGGCUCUCCAGCAGACGAACGAAAAUCCGCAGGCUUCCGCGGAAGACGACUACCCGACCUAUAUUCAGGAAUUAGCCAAUGGAUAUCGCAAAUCGAAGAUCCUGUUUACAGCCUGUGAGCUGGGGGUGUUCGAUCUCCUUGAGGACACCCCGGACCGUGCCGGCAUGACGGUAGCAGCGUUGGUGGCAGAGAUGGGGCGAGCAGGAGAUCAGCAGCAGCAGCAGCAGGAGGAGGAGGAGGGUGCAGGAAGAGGAGAAGUGGUGAGCAAGGACGGCCUGGAGCGACUGGUAGAUGCCUGCGUUGGGCUGGACCUGCUGAGAGUGAGCAUUCACGAGGGAACAGCGAUUUACAGCAACACGAAGCAAGCGAGCACCUACUUGACUCGCUCCAGCCCCAAGUCUAUGCACGACGUCAUGAUCUUCAACUCGCACACUGUCUACCCCUUGUUUCAUACUCUCCCAUCGGCUGUGAGAGAAGGUAAACACCAGCAUAAAAAAGCUUUUGGAGUACAAUCUGAGGACAUAUUUGAGGCCCUGUACCGGACAGAGGAGGAGAGGAUGAAGUUCAUGCGUUUUUUUUAUUCCAUCUGGUCAAACGACGGCCCCUAUAUCCUCAAUGCCUUCGAUCUCUCCUCCUUCAAGGAUGUCUGUGACGUUGGAGGAGGCACGGGUGUUUUGGCUCAGCAGUUUGCCAGAAUGUACCCCGACGCCCGGGUCACCUUGUUCGACCUCCCAGAUGUUUUGGAAGUCACACAGAAGCACUUCCUCACCUUCGGCAACGUGAAGCUGCACGCAGGUGACUUCUUCAAGGACAAGAUCCCUGAGGGCGACCUGUACAUCCUGGCGCAGGUCGUACACGACUGGAAAGAAGAUCAGUGCCUCACGCUGCUCCGCAACAUCCACUCCAGCUGUCGGCCAGGCGGAGGGGUUCUGAUCAUCGAGACUCUGCUGAGGGAAGACCGGACCGGGCCAAUAACCGCGCAGAUUCACUCUGUCAUCAUGCUGAUGCACACCGUGGGGAAGGAACGCACGGCCACGGAAUACACGGAGCUGCUCACCCAGGCUGGGUUUCGUGACGUUCGCGUGGCCCACACGGGCAAGACGUUCAAUGCCAUUCUCGCGCGAAAAUGACGCGCGCCGAGUGAAAACCGUCGCCAGAAAGAAAAAAAACGAUUUGGUUAAUGGGAUAUUUUUUUUGGGAUCAGUUAAAAACAUUUUUUUUUUAAAUUGGCAAAUUAUUUCUUUUACGCACGUUUUUAUUCGAAAUGACUUUUACGCGUGAAAAUAUAAUCGCUUUCCGAUUUAACAUCGCGCCAAAGUUUGUCUCUCAGCACUGGCCUAUAACACAAUUACAAUGAUGCAUGUAUGCUUGGUGUCACUCUGAUCUCUGGUGGAACUGGGUGCUUGGGUAAUAAAACUAACAAAAAAUAAAAAUCGUGGCUUCUUAACAUGAAACUGGAUGUGCUCAUACUCUUAGGUUUUUUUCGGUAAAGUCACGUAGGUAAAAAAAUUCAUAAUAAUAAAAAUAAAUGAAAAUAACUAAAUUAAAUCACGACGUUUCGGAAGCAACACAAGCCUCCGUCAUCAGGUGUAACUGCUCCAGUAAAAUUACUGUAGCGUGUGAAGAAAAC